ACAACAAACACAAUAAACUCGCUCCUAUCUCCAUCUCUAAACAAACCUGAAAAAUUGCUAAAGAAACAAAAAUAAGAAUAAAGAAAAGCUGACAAUUUUCCUGAUUAAUAUUCUUUACCACGUUGGAUCUAUCUACAUUGAUUAAUCAUUAUUUCUCCUUCAUAUUCUUCUUCUCUCUCUCAAGAACAAGAGGGUGUCUCUUUCUUUUCUUCUUUCUUGUGCCCUUCUUAGGUUCUUGAGUUUUGUAGAUUUAUUGGCAUGUCGAAGAUCACGAGCCUGAAGCAGGAAGAUGUAACGUUAGGUGAGGUUUCAGAGACGAGGGAAGAGGCGUUUUCAGACAAUACACUCGUGUUGGAAACUUGUCGGAAAAGGAAGAGAUCAGAUGAAGAAGGUGUGGAAGAAGACAAUGACGGAUUCAAAACACCAACUCGUCCGGAGAAUAGAAUCCCUGAGGUCAGAGAAUGUCCACCGGCGCCAAGAAAAGGCGAAAAUAAGUAUUCGACGAUGCACAGAGGUGUAACAAUGUCGUGUCGGAGACGGUUGGGCUUUUCGCCGGGAAAUGCUUCGUUUAUAACGGAUUUGCAGUGGAGGACGACGACCAUGACGAUCAAGAAAUAAGAAAUAGAGAAAGAGAUAAUCUUUUAGUAUUUUUUGUGGUUUUAUUAUUGCCAUUUCUAUGUCACGUUUGGAAAAUAUCUGAACGUUUUUUUCCUGAAGAUAGACAAAGAAAAAACCUUGAUUGAAUUGGUAUUUUGUUUUUAAGAGUUCUUGAUUCUCAAAUAUAUAUUUCUGUA